AUGGUUUUCCACAGCACAGGGCACCCGAAUCUCGAUGAAAUUGGUUCUCUAAGAACAAAGCGCUGUCAACAAACAUACCGAAAAAGACUCUGUGAGAAAAAUUCGUCAAAUGUUGCUAAUAAAGAAGCUGCUAUACCACGUCCAAGAGAAGGAGAAAACUUUUUGGAAGUGGCAGAGUUCAUUGUCGAGCAUGAAAUUAAGUCGGAGACUGAAUUAUUAGCUGUUGCGAAUAAGCAAAGCGAAGAGAGGAAGAAAUAUCUCGCAUAUUUUGUUCUUUCACAUAACUCAAAGGGCUUGCAUGACCUUAUAGAGCAAACAUGGAAAAUGAAGGCGGCAUCUGCAACCCUACAACGAAAAAAGCUUCACGAAUAG